CACGCGAAAAGAGAUAUGUCAUAGGGAAAAUGUAUUAUUUUGUUGAACGACAUUCUUUCUGCUAAUCUGUGAAAACAUGACCUUAAAUAUGGCCACGGAUGUAGACAGGAGAUUCUAUUCCAAUAACCUGCUUUCAAAUGAAGAUCUAGAAGCAGACAUGGACCUGUCAGAGAUACUUGGAGUGGAUACAGCCCUAAGUCCUGAGGACUUGGUCCGCGAUUUCCCUGAUGACUUUCCAACACUGACUUUAGAUGCCCUAAACAAUGACACGUUCACAGCUUUUGCUGAUUCAUGUACCACAUUCCAUGACGAUUUACAACAGGAGUUCAGUGACAGUUCAGACAGUGGAAUUAGUGGUGUGACCGUGCAAUAUGAAAAUCAACUAUCACCUGAUCUCUUGAUUAAACAAGAACCUCUGUCUCCAGCAUCCUCCUUGUCCUCUGAGGGCUCUGAUGGGAUAGUAUCACAGUCACAUAAGAUGUACAUAGUGGAUCACGAUGUGAAGGCGGAGAGUCCAACAAGCAUUCCUCAGACCUUCACAUUUAUUGGUGACCAAUCAGAGACCGGGGCACCAGUCAUCAUCAACGCUCCAGCAAAAACCUGUAGCACAGUCCUGACAGGGUUUGAUACCUCUGUCAAUAUAAACUCCAUUCUAAAUUCAAAAGUGAAGAUUCAGCCCAAACCACUGUCAGUAGAUAAGACUACAACAGUACAAAAACAAGCCCUCCCAAAGACAGAACCUGGGAAACCAUUAGUGCUAACGCCUGAAGAAUUUAAGAGGCUUACUUCACAGGGAGUUCUAAAAUUCCAACCUCCUUCUGCAAACCAGAAAACUAAGGUGGAGAUUCCCAAGGUUACGACCACAGUAAUCCCUACACCUCAAAUCAAGAUGGCUACCAGUCCUAUUGUGCAAGUUGAUCAUGAGAUGAAGAAUGUUAAAAGACAGCAAAGAAUGAUAAAGAAUAGAGAAUCUGCAAGUUUGUCGAGGAAGCGCAAGAAAGAAUAUCUACAAACAUUAGAGGAACAACUGAGCCAGUACAAUCAAGUGAAUCAAAAACUGCAACAGGAAAAUGAGGAGUUGAGACGAAGGCUAUGUAUUAUGCAGACAGAGAAUGAGGAGCUGAAGAGUAGAGGUACUGGCAUUGCUCCACCAGCCAAGAAAAUCUGCCUCAUGGCUGUUUUUGUUUUAUUCACACUCAAUUUUGGUACAUUUAGUAAUCUGAUCUUAACAUCUCGUGCUACAAGUCAACAGACCAACCCUAGUCCCAACCAGUUUGUUCACAAGGGAAGACAACUCCUUGCUGUACAAGAAGAAAAAGCUACAUUUUCAGUAGGAAGCUUCAUGCCAGAUUAUCCAUUUAGUAGACUUAAAAAGUUCAUGGAGGAAAAUCCAGAGCAUGCCAAGGAAAUCAACAAUAACACACUGUAUCAACUGUACACGUGUCCAUCAUACUUUAACAAAACAGAGUCGAUAAGACUUGCAGACCAGUUGUCUGGCUGGAUGAAACGCCAUGAACAGCAGAAAAAGAAGAAACCAAGAAAGCCUGCCAGCAAGGAGAAUCGACCAAUUACAUCAUCAUAUUCAUUGAGGGAACUCCGUCAUAUGAGAGAACAGCAAUAUAGGUCACAAGAAAAUCAACUACAGUUGUUUCAAGGCGAUACUGUGAGGAACUUCUGGCAGUCCUUACCUCGACGCAAUGACACAUUCUACGUUCUUUCAUUCAACACGGACUACUUCCUGAUACCAGCAGUAGCACACAAUAAGACCAUGAGACCGAGAAUGUCACUAGUGAUGCCAGCCACUACUCUCAAUGAAACCAUGCAGCCUCCUGCUGGGAACAUUGGCAUGAUGCAGAUAGAUUGUGAAGUUCUCAACACCCAACUCAUUCAUGUCCACAAGUCAUCACUACCAAGACACAAUGCAUCAGAAUCCUUCUUCCCCUGACUUACUUUUCCUAUUUAUUGGACUAAAUUACCUGUGUUCCUCAUGGAUCCAUGAUUAGAGUACAGAAAAAAUGAUCUCAUUUUGUGUAGAGACAUGGGAGAUGUCUUGAACUGAUAUAUACAGAAAACCUCACCAUACAUCUGGCAUUAUAAAGGGUUGAGACAACAGGAAAAAGGGACAUGUUUCAUGGAAACCUUGAAAAAUUUGGAAAACUAGAUCUUACUUUUUCUAUCCUUAAAUAGGCCCAUGUUUCAUAAUAAGCCCAUAAUAUUCCAUAUUUUUCAGUUUUUAAGAAACAAUAGUAUUUCAAUAUUAACAUUUAAUAGUAAGUAUUUAAGUUUGUGUCCAGGGAUACAAGGUGUGUUGUUGAUACUCCAGAUCUAUUGCUUUGAGAAAUACAGUACAAUGAAAAAUUGUAUGUAGAACCUCAUGUCUGUAGAUUGUUUUGAUUCGUUUUUUAGACUAUGUCACAAAUUCCUCAAAUAUUUACUUAUAAUAACUUCUAUUAUCUGCUUUGUACUGUAAGAUAUUCUUUCAGUUUGAAGUAAGGACAUUUCUUUCAAAUAUCAGUCUUUGUUUUGUUUGUAUUGAGUGCCUGACAAAGCAGACAUAUUUUCAGGUGUAGUUAGAUUAAUUUUUUAUAAAAUAUGACUUCAUUUCAAUUUUUUUUUCUUUUCUUUUAUGAAUUUUUAAGAUACAGGAAUCUCAUGAAGGAAGCAGAUGAUAUCAAUUGAAAUAUCCAAACAAUAAGGAAUUUCACAAAAAGGGCCUGUAUCUGUAAUUAUUGGUCUAUAUUUAUAAAUUAAAAAUAUAAUCCUGUAAUUCAUUUCCUUCUGGACUAUGGAAGAAAAAAUGUACAUUAUUACAGUGUAACUGGAAUGGUUAGAAAAUAAUUCACUAUUUUAUGAGGUAUGUAAUUUUAUCUCAGAAAAUUGAAGAACUAGCAUAUUUUCAUUCUUUUGGUCUUAACUUCAAAUCAAAUUUGAAAUUGUUUAUAAAACAUUACUUAUAGAAAUCCUUGAUAGUUUCAUGAAGUAUAACUUUGCAUUUAUAAAAUUCAUUGAACACACACAAAUAUUUUUUGUCAAAUGAUACAAGUUAUUGUAUUAACCAGUAAGGUUAGACACUAUAAUUGGUACAUCACACAUUCAUGUGUUUCUUGUGUCAGUUUCCAUACAAAUAUUUGAUAUUUUGUUUUUCAGAAAUUUAAAUGUUUUAACAGAUAUUUGGCAUUUAAGAUAAACAUUCAUUUUUUCACAGCUGAUUGUAAAUAUAUCACUUUCACAUUCCACUCUAUUGAUCUAUGAGGAAUUCAUUCUUUAAUAUGAAUUUUGUUGUGCAACGGAAAAUCUGAACAUGGUGCAAAUUCAUUUUAUAAUAUGUAUAUCCAAACAACUUCUCUAACAUAUAUCUUUCCCACAUUUUCAUCCAUUUUGUUCUAUAAAUACAUCAUGCUAAAAUCAUCUUUACCAUAUCAAAUGGCAUAACACUUUCAAUUGUUGACUAGGCAAGGAUAAUGAGUUGACGAUGUUCACGAUGGUAAACUCUUUAUAUGUGUACUCUUAUCUCAGUCACAAGUCAGUGGUCCUCCCACAACAGUCAUUGGAGAAUAAAUGUCUCAUCAGAAAGGACUCUGGUCUGACUCCUCAUAUAUGCAUAAAUAAUCCAAAGUGUGCCUUACAUGACUGCUUUAGUUGAUUUGACAUCCAUGAACCGGUCUCCAGAUAGUCCGGUUUUUGUAGAGUUUUGCUGAAUAUUUGUGUAAGAGGCAUAAAAGACCUGUAAAUACAUUGGAGGUUUUCUGAUGUAUCAGUAUGUUACAAAGAUGGCAUAGUAAUUAUUCAUGAUUGUAUACCAUUGUUAGGAUGAUUUGCAGGUCUAAUUUGGUGAACGAUAAGUACCAAAAUUUUAUCCUUGUGUUCAGGCACAGGAAAUUCAGAGAAAUUGUGAUGAUGUGCUGCACAUGUUUUUUUGCUUUAAGUUAAAAAAUGACAGCAAAAUUUAAUCUUUUGAUCUUUUUGAUAUUAUGUUAUUUAAAAAUCUGAACUGUUCUUGAUCUUUGACAAACAGUAAUUUUCUGAAGUCUGAAAACUUUCAGGAUCUAUAAAAAUAGCACAGGUACUUUAUUCAGCAUUGCAUGUGUUAAUUUCUCAGAUAUUCACACAAAAGAAAUAUCUCGCCAAUCAAAAUUUAGUCGUUAUCAUUCUAAUUUGUAAUCAGGAACACAGUUUUAUAUUUAUAAAGAUAUAGCUUAAGAUUGCAAUGUGUUCAAGGCACAAUACUAAGUUUAAUAUCACCAGACAAGAUUUAAAUGAAAUAUGGAUAGAGUUUUACAUAUGGUAGAAUAGAGUGUUUUUAGCUCACCUGGCCUGAGAGCCCAAGUGAACUUAUGGCAUACCGUGCCAUUUGUCCGUCUAUCCAUCAACCUUUCCUUCAAAUCACUAUUCAUUAUGAAUGAUUAAGAGGAUUUUGACCUAAUUUGGUCAGUAGCAUCCUUUAGGGAAGGGAACUAAAGUCUGACCACCCGUAGGCCAAGAGAGGUUGGACUGAAUGGUGAAAUAGAGCAAAUUUUCUUCUGAAACUUUAGGAUUCCUUUUCCAUUAGUUUGGAUGAAACAAUUUCAGCCUAAUGAAGCCUUGUGAGUGAUACAGGUCUUGGGGGACCUCUUGGUAUUUCACGUCUUUUUUUUAAUUAUUUUUAUGGGACUCGUGGCAAAGUGCAUGCCAAGGCAGCAGGUAUGUAAGUAUCAUAAAUUAUUUAUCAUUUACCCUUCAUUACCAUUAUUAUAACAUUAUUGAGUAGUUUCAGAUUUAUAUUCAUACUGUAGACUUUGUUAGAUUGCUAUAUAUUUUGUUUUAUAAUGAGCGUUACUGUAAGGUGAGUCUGGUGAUUGAUGUAAUGUUGAUAGAUACAUGUAAUGUAGGAGGAAUGUAAAUGUACAGUAGUAAUUAUACCUGUUUGGAAUCAGAUGUGAAUAUUAAUGGUACAUGUACAGUAUGUAUAUACAUGUUUUGUUCCAUUUAUGUCUGUGCAUCAUAAGGAGUUUACUUAUAUUAUGCUAAAGAAAGGACCCAAAUUUUAAGUUAAUUCUUUCAAUAGUGUUAAUAUGCACUAGUCAAAGUAACAUUUUAUGGUUAAGAAAAUCCAUGAUAAGAUCACUGAUAUUUACAAAUUAAUUUUCUCAAAGAGUGUUACUUCAUUAUUUCUGAUAAAUAACAUUGGUUUUUUAUGAACUUACAGAGAAUUGUAUUUAAUGAGACUAGUGCUGACAAAUUAUUUUAAUCCAAACACACAUCCAAAGAGGCCAUUUAUGUUUUUGAUAUUAUAAUUGUUGUAGGUUUUGUGAUGUCAUAUUUUAAUCAGUACAUUUUGAUUAUUUCCAAAUGGAGUGAGA